CACAACACCGGAAACGAGCGCAAAAGCGUCGAUUGUUGAUUACGUCAUAACGUCGACACGAGGAACACAUCAAAUUUGAGGAGUAAAAUUCUUAGCAUGGGGAAGCAUAAAACCAAGCAGUUUGCUGCAAUGAAAAGAAUGAUUAGUCUCAAAGAUCAAAGAAUAAAAGAGAAAGAUCGUGCAAAAGCAAAAGAAAAGAAGAAGAAAGACCCCUCUCAGCUUAAGGAACGAGAAGUCACAAAGUACCCAUCAUGCAUGUUCUUCCAGUACAACACUCAGCUUGGCCCACCAUACCACGUUCUUGUUGACACCAACUUCAUCAACUUUUCCAUCAAGGCCAAACUGGAUAUUUUUCAGUCUAUGAUGGACUGCCUCUAUGCCAAAUGUAUCCCUUAUAUCACAGAUUGUGUGAUGGCUGAGAUUGAGAAGCUGGGAUUAAAAUAUAGAGUUGCACUCAGGAUUGCGAGAGAUCCUCGGUUUGAGCGCCUACCAUGCACCCACAAGGGAACAUAUGCUGAUGAUUGUUUAGUCCAAAGAGUAACACAGCACAAGUGUUACAUCCUGGCUACUGUGGACAAAGAUCUGAAGAGAAGGGUCAGGAAGGUACCUGGAGUGCCCAUCAUGUACAUCUCAAACCACAGGUAUAACAUUGAACGGAUGCCUGACGAUUAUGGUGCUCCAAGGUUUUAAUAUUAGUCCACCUUUGCUGGCCCUGUAAAUAAUAGACUUUAUGAUUCCUUUUUUUUUUUUUUUUUUGCUGUAUACAGUAAAAACAAGACAAAUAAAAAUAAAAACAUGAGCUUAUAAGUUUAAUUUGUGUGAUAUCCAGGUGGAUUUGAUUAUAUUUCAG